AUGCAAGCGAAUUCACAAAUAGAUACAACAUUGACAAAAAUAUUUGUUGGAGGUUUACCAUAUCAUACAACGGAUGAAACAUUACGAGCGUUUUUUUCAAAAUUUGGUGAUAUUGAAGAAGCUGUUGUUAUUACAGAUAGAAAUACAAAAAAAUCACGUGGCUAUGGAUUUGUAACAAUGACACGAAAAGAAGAAGCAGAAGCAGCGGUUAAAGAACCAAAUCCAAUUAUUGAUGGACGUCGUGCUAAUGUUAAUUUAGCUUAUUUAGGUGCAAAAAGUCGAGCUGCUACUAUGCCAUACAAUUAUAAUUUACUUCGUAUGCCUGCCUAUCAAUCAGCAGCUGCUACUUAUCCUUCAAGCGUAUUGUACUAUCCAUUAGCUCAACAAUCGGCACUUCAACAACCAAUUUUUUUAACAUCAACAACAGGUGGAACGACAACAACAUGGCCAACAAAUUUAUUUUCUCAAUUUAAUCUGGCUAAUCUAUCAGGUACAACAACAUCAAAUACUAAUAUACCAACAACAUUGAAUACUGUUGGUACAUCAUCAUCACAACAAGCAAUUUAUGAUGUUCAAACAGCUUUAUUUGAUUCAUCAACAGCAACAGCUGGACAACAAUUAUAUUGGCCAACUUAUAAUUAA